AUAUCAGUUUCCCCAUAUCUAGGUAGGAGCUGAAAACAAUACCCUAGGGUGUCACAUAGGUACUUAAAAUUUACGGUCAUCACUUGUAGGAGGGACGUCUAAUUUCAGGGUCGCUUUACUAGGAUUACUGCAUUUCAUAACCAGGUGACUUGGUUGACUUUCAAAAAGCCUUGAUUAAGUAGCUAAAUAAUGCUUGGUUACAAACAAGAAAUGCCUCCUCCCGGAGGUUUCGCCCCAAUCGAUGUCUCCAGAAAGAUGCCAAAAGGCUAUGUACACGGUCUUAUAACACUUGGUGCAUUGUAUACCUCAACAUAUGUGGGCCUUAAAGUUCUGAAAUAUAUGAAAGGAAAACAAACUAAAAUUAAUAGAGAAGAUCAAGAAUGUCGGAUUGCUCUUGCUCCUUUCAUUAUAGCUGAACAAGAGCGAUUAUACUUGAAACAAUUACGAAGAAACCGCGAAUACGAACAGAAUUUAAUGGGUGAUGUUGCAGGCUGGAAAAUUGGUCAUUGGUUUGACUACCCGGUUUAUCAUAACCCUCGAGGUUUAUGGUGUGAUCCGGAUAUUAAUGAGUUCUAUGCUCAUGUUGCUGAUUGCGAUAAAGAUUUGAGGCGUAAAGUCCGAUAUAGUUACUCUUAAGUUGUGCUGGUGGCGAGUGGUUGGAAGCACUUCCUAUUUUUAAAGGACUGAUAAUUUAAAUUGUAGUUAAAUAUGUACUAGAUCAAAUACAAAUUUACUGUUGAG